CUCUUUUGGCCCAAUAUGACCACCGUCGCCAGUCCCAUCCUCUCCUCCCCAUUUUUCCCCGUCACACGCGCUUCAGUCAGUCAGAUAGUGAACAAGAUGGCGGACCUUUCCCUGGACGAACUGAUACGCCGACGAGGUUUAAAUACUAGAGGGGCCACCAACAGGCCUGGGUUUCGCAGGGGUGGUGGAGUCCCUGGAAGGACAUUCGAUGCACGGCAGAAGAUUGGAACGAACGACGUCAGACAGAGACUUGGUGGUGGUGGUGGUGGUGGAGGAGCCUUCCAGAUAAAAGAUGCCAGAGAGAAACUUGGCCAGAAAGAUGCUCGUUUUCGAAUUAGAGGAGGGGGGGCUGGAGGAGGUGUCCAGGAUGCCAGGCAGAUGAUCAACUCGCGUAAACAACAGCAAGGACACAAACCGUUGCAGGGCACCCCACAGCCACAAAUGCACAGCCCCACACAGGUGCACUUCAAGACACAAAUGCAGCACAUACAAAUACACAGUAAUACCAGCAACACAAACACGAGUGUGUCCUUUUCGAACUCAAAUUCAGCCCCAUUCUCAUCACACCUUCAGCAAGGGGUGGGGUCUCAGAAGGUUAUUGACGCACGUGAUAGGCUCAGUCUGAAGAGGAGCAUUGGAGCCACACCCACACUGGGGUCAGCCACGCCUCUCAAGAUCACCAAGACAAUUCAGCAAAAGCCAGUGGGAAUGACCAGCGGGGUUCGCAUCAAUGUUCCCACCAGGAACGCUCAGUCUCUCCCAGGUGAAGAUGACACCAUCCUCAGUAAACAGAUGAAGAUCACUACUGCCAACAGUUUUCUACACACGCAGCCUGGUGCGUUUUCUGGCCCAAUCACGAAAGUGGUCCAGAAUGACAGCUACACCGCCCCCGCGCCUCUGCCGUCCCCCGUGGCCCCCAGGGCCAGCCCCAGCCCGGUGGCGCAGCGCUCCAGCCCGGCCGCCCUGCAGCCCGUGUGCCGGACCGUGGCGGGAAGCCAGGCGCCGCACGCGGGAGCCAGCGGGGAGGCGGGCGCACAGCUCACCGCUCCACAGCCCGUUUUCAGUCCACUGGAGGGGACCAAGAUGAUGGUGAACAACCUCCAUCCUCGCGUUAGUGAGGAAGACAUUGUGGAGCUGUUCUGUGUUUGCGGUGCCUUGAAGCGAGCGAGGCUCCUUAAGGUGGGCGUGGCCGAGGUGGUUUUUGUCAGGAAGGAAGAUGCUGUCACUGCUUACAGGAAGUACAACAACCGAUGCCUGGAUGGCCAGCCCAUGAAGUGCAAUCUUCACAUACAAGGGAAUGUCAUCACCUCAGACCAGCCAAUUCUACUGCGUCUCAGUGACACCCCAGGUGGUGGAGGUGGGGGGAGGAAAGAUGGCCUUCCCCCCUCCCUGUCCCGCCCCGGUGGCCGCCCCGCUUCCUCCCAGCCGACGCCAGAAGUGGACCCCCAGACCAUUCUGAAAGCACUGUUUAAAUCGUCCCCUCAGACCCCAUCCACCACCGACUCCCCCAGCUCACAGUCAACCGCUUUCCGCAUCAAGAUUUAACAGUACGCACAGACGCGUACAUCCAGCGUACACACAUGCGUACAUGUAAAUUACACAUGCACCCCCCCACAUAUGCAUGCACACGCACACACUUGCAUACAUCCAACACACACACACACUUGCAUAUAAGCUUACAUCAAAAGUACUCACUCACCCCUCCCCAUAUGCAUAUAGACGCACUAACACCAUACGUCCAACAAGCGCAUAUACAUACGCAUGCACUCACAUACACAUAGAAAUGCACACUUACACAUGCAUAUAUUCAAUGUGACAAUGGGCACACAUACAAAGUACAUCAAACAAGCACACACUUAUGUCCAUUAAAUACACACUCACACAAAUGUACAUCUACAUACAAAAUUAUACACAGGUGAUCUGAGUUUCAGAUUAAUGUAUAAUGCGCACACUCAAAAUGUAUCACAGCAUUCCAUAAUCAAAUGUAACACAAUAUGCAACCAUAAUACUGAUGUCCCCAUAACCACCCAGCUUACACACACACACAGUUCAAACACAACUCUAAUACUGAUGUCCCCAUUACAACACCGCUUACACACACAAACACACCUAUUCACACACACUACAGACACAACCCUAAAACUGAUGUACUCAUAACAACAUGGCUUACACACACACACACACAUUGUACAAAUGGCCAUUUCACCACGUGUACAUAGGUUAACUGGAACUGUUCUGAGCUACAAAUACAUACAGUGAGGCUGAAAACUGUACGACGCCACACAGACACCACAACGUGAGUUCAACCCGAAUCGGCACAAGGCUGAGGUAUUCAUCAGAUACACUUUUCAUUCAUCCACACCACACUAUUCAGUCUACAAGUGUUCCACACAUAAGAAUAGUACAGAGAAUGCUCCCUCGUGUUGAGUACUUCAACAGAAGUGUCAGUGUACGAGGUUGUUAGUCUUCGCUAUUGCAUUUAAAAAAAAAAAAAUAAAAAAAAAACUUUAUAAUUGAUAAUGCAGUGGUGUCUCAGCCACCACAUCAUUGAAUUUUUCCUCUGCAUUAGUAACCUAGUUGGAAGUGUAAGCUCUCCAGUGCACUGGUGCAGUCAAGACACAGACAGACAGACGUGUAAAAAUACUUUGCAUACUUGCAUACUGUAGAUGCGCAAAUGCAUGUCGAGUGUCUUAGAAAGGACCAAUCAAGGAAUCGCUCAUUUAAUGUCAAGAAUUUGUUUUUAAUAGACUCCAAAUGAUGUGCAUUACUUAAAUUGACAUUUUAGUUUGUGGCUAAGGAGUUUGUAUCACAUGAUUCAUUCAGCAUUAUGUUCAAAUUGUUCACAUUGAACCCUAUCUUUUUGUGAAUCAUGUGAUAUUUAUUUGAUGUGUUCCCAGUGACAGGUGACAUACAGCCCUGAUGAGUGUGUGCUGUACUGUGACUGUAAAGGGGCUUGGAACACACUGAUGUGUCAUUUUAUACCAGUCGUAAACAGCUCUGUUCCUGGAGAUCUAUCAUCCUGUUGGUUUUCACUCCAACCCUAGCAAAGCACUCCUCAUUCAACAGCUAGAGAUCUUAUUCAGCUGCUAAUUGGUUGAGUCAGGUGUAAUAAAUUAGGGUUGAAAUGAAAACCUACAGGAUAGUAGAUGUCCAGGAACAAAGUUGGUUAUCAGUGUUUUAUACAACAAGCUGAAAAAAGCAGUUUAGCAGAUCUAAGAGAAUCUGCUAUUUAUCUGUUAAUAUGGGUUGUCUCCCCCCCCCCCCCCCCCCCCCACUGCAUUCUGGUUGUUCUGUAGUUAUUGUGGCUGUUGUUUACUUUGCAGUCUGUGAAGCAACAAACUGGAUGAUGCCUUGCUUGUUUUUUUUCUCCUUAUUUCUCCCAAGCAAUGUGUUAAAAGACUCUGUUGUUACAACAGUUUGUGUCUCACACCAACAGUGUGUUCAAAGCUCUGUACCUCUUCUCCAAUAAAUGUGUUGCUUUAUAAAA